ACUCUACAGAUCAUACACGCGAUCAAGAAGAAAACCAAAGUCGACAUUAUAAUAGAAAUAACUGCCUAGCUAGGUUACUAACUAAGCUAAUUAAGAUAAAUUACAUCAUUGGCAGCAACACAUGGAGCUUCAAGUUAUCUCUUAACUUAAUUCCAGCUUAAUUCUAGCUCCAAUCUUCUACAUCCCCCUAAGUUGGAUGGAAGCAACACCAGAUUCAACAUGGAAAGAAAUUUAUUAUGGAGCUCAGUGUUAAGAUGAAGAUUUCUUGCAUUGGUGUAUAUUAAGGUGAAAAUCACGUCAGCAGCCCUAAUUUUGGCGCUAGAACCAACUUAUGAGAAGGGACUUGAGGCAAUGGAAAAAGGAUCACGAGCUUUGUGAUCUAGAUUCUAGAGAUCGUGCGUAAAUGCAAGACACAGUAUGAUCUUUGUAUGUUCAGGUCCAUGGAAUCCCUUUCUACCAAUAUCCUUAUAAUACAAAGGGUAUCUGGACAGGAAUAGUUCACACAUGCCAUCAAACGCUAAUAUCUUUUUCUUUCUCAUGUCCAGUGUUACCUAGUUCGUAGUUCGCUUCGGUUCGUAGGACGGGCACGGGACACCGUACUUUUCUAGAAAUAUGUUCAGUUUUGAAAUGUAUGGAGCAAAGAAGAAACUACACGUUAAUGGGGUCAACAGUCAAAGUCAUCAAAGAAGAAUCAGCGUGUAAAGGACGUUUUGAAAUUUCUCACCUUACCAUUCUCAACAGUUGUCUGCCAACCCACAACCAAAAUGGUUACCAUUUCACUGUUUCAGGGAUAGGCUACCAAUCCUUUGAAGCCUUCUGCGAUCUGUCCCAAAAGUUUGAUUCAGCUACCUCAAAAGCAAACUGCUACUGAAUGGUCACAAAGCAGCAGAGUCUUUUGCUUGUUUUGCAAUAAAGGUUAGUUUGUUUCCUGUGUUGAGUUGAUAUUCUCCUUGUUUCAUUGAUGAGAAAGAUCUUAGCUGCCAAUUGCACAGUGGAACAAAAGUUUUUUUUUCCUCAUUUCUUUUUACGUCUUAUUAACAUAUUGUACUCUCACUCGUAGCAUCUUCCGCGAAAUAUAUUGAUUUUGUAAGUGUGUCAAAUAAAUUCCCCAACCUUAGUCUGAAGGGCCACAUGUGACAAAUGAAGGACUUGGCAACCAUAUGUCUUUAACCAUGAUUGGAAUCAAUCCUUCAACAUUCAAAAGAGAUGCAGCAGACUGAGAAGCAGAAGAAAACAAUGGAGAAUUUUAUUAUACUCCUUGUCUGCUUCUCUUUAACCUCCACCUUCAUAACAUCCAUGGCCCUGGACACAAUCGCUACCACUCAAACUAUUAGAGAUAAUGAGACGAUUGUUUCAGCGGGCGGCACAUUUGAACUGGGUUUUUUCAGCCCAGGAACUUCCAAUUACCGAUACGUCGGGGUUUGGUACAAAAAGAUAUCUUAUGGAACUAUUGUGUGGGUUGCCAAUAGAGAUACCCCACUCACUGAUUCAUCUGGAGUUCUUAAGUUGAGUGACAAAGGAAUUCUUGUUCUUCUCAAUCAGAGUAAUACAACCAUUUGGUCUUCUGGUACAUCGGGAGUAGUGCAAAACCCAGUUGCGCAGCUUUUGGAUUCAGGAAAUCUUGUUAUCAGAGAUGAAAAUGAUCUCAUCCCAGAAAAUUUCUUGUGGCAAAGUUUUGAUCACCCGGACAGUACAUAUCUACCAGGAAUGAAGCUCGGACUUGUCCCUAAAGGCUUGUAUGUAUAUUUAUCAUCAUGGAAGAGCAUAGAUGAUCCUUCUCAAGGAAACUUCACAUUUCAAAUUGAUGUCAGUAGUUUACAGAUAAUUCUCAAACAGAAUUCAGUUGUUAAGGCACGAUCGGGGCCAUGGAACGGUGUUGGGUUUAGUGGGAUACCUUUUCUGAAACCAAACCCAAUCUAUAACUAUAAGUUUGUCUUUCACCAGAAGGAGGUGUACUACAUUUAUGAGACUGUUGACAGCUCAGUUUUUACAAUGAUGGUUUUGAAUCAGGAUGGUGUCAUGGCGCGGUUUACGUGGGUUAAUCGAACUAGCAGUUGGAGUCGAUACUUAUCUGCACCAGCUGACAACUGUGAUACUUAUGCAUUAUGUGGUGCUCAUGGUAGUUGUAACAUCGGCAACUCGCCUGUGUGUGGGUGUUUGAAUGGAUUUGUGCCAAAACAGAAAAAUGAUUGGGAUAAAGCAGAUUGGUCAGGCGGAUGUGUACGGAGGACGCCAUUAGAUUGCCAGAAAGGUGAUGGGUUCAUAAAGUAUCCCAAUGUUAAAUUACCUGACAUGAAGAAUUCUUCAAUCAAUGAAGACAUGACCUUGACCUUGGAGGAAUGUGAGAUGAUAUGCUUGAAAAAUUGUUCUUGCAUGGCUUAUGCCAAUUCAAAUAUAAGUGGAAGAGGAAGCGGUUGCUUUUUUUGGUUCGGUGAACUUAUUGACAUCAGACAGUACGAGGAGGAAGGGCAAGAUCUUUACAUUAGGAUGGCUUCUUCUGAAAUAGAUCAAGGGGGAUCUAAUCACAAGAGACAAGUGAUAAUAAUAGCAAGCACGGUAUCAUUAACAGGAAUGGUACUCCUUGGCAUGGGUGUAAGCUUUGUCGCAUGGAAGAUGAAGAAGAAGAAGCAAAAAACACAAGGUCCACCAGGCAAGCAGGAAAACAAUCUAGAAGGCAGCUACUCUAUGAAAAACCAGAAGGAAGAUCUAGAGCUACCUCAUUUUGACUUUUCCACAAUAGCUAAUGCUACCAAUAACUUCUCAUUCAGCAAUCUGCUUGGACAGGGCGGCUUUGGACCUGUAUACAAGGGCCUGCUUGAAGGAGGAGUAGAAAUUGCUGUUAAGAGGCUCUCCAAGAACUCUAGCCAAGGGCUUGAUGAAUUCAAGAAUGAAGUCAAAUGCAUUGCCAAGCUUCAGCAUCGAAACCUGGUGAAGCUUCUAGGAUAUUGCAUUGAACUAGAAGAAAAGAUGUUGAUAUAUGAAUACAUGCCCAACAAAAGCCUAGACCUAUAUAUUUCUGAUGAUACACAAAGGAUGUCUUUGGACUGGACCAUGAGGUUCCACAUUAUCAGUGGGAUUUCUAGGGGCCUUCUCUAUCUUCAUCAAGACUCUAGACUAAGAAUUAUUCACAGAGAUCUCAAACCAAGUAACAUUUUACUAGAUAAUGAGAUGAAUCCAAAAAUCUCGGACUUUGGCAUGGCUAGAAGUUUCAUGGGUAAUGAAACUGAAGCAAAUACAAAAAGAGUGGUCGGAACAUAUGGAUACAUGUCGCCAGAGUAUGCCAUUGAUGGAUUGUUCUCAGUAAAAUCCGAUGUAUUUAGCUUUGGUGUUCUAGUGUUGGAGAUACUUAGUGGGAAGAGAAACAGGGGAUUUAGUCAUCCAGAACACCAACUCAAUCUUUUGGGGCAUGCAUGGAUACUCUUCAAACAAGGCAGAUAUUUGGAUUUGAUUGAUGCAUUAGUAGUGGAAUCCUGCAAUCUAUCAGAAGUGUUAAGAUCAAUUCAUGUAGGUCUGUUAUGCGUGCAGCGCUAUCCAGAAGACAGGCCAACCAUGUCAUCUGUGGUAAUGAUGUUAAGUGGUGAGGGAGCAUUGCCGGAGCCUAAAGAUCCUGGUUUCUUCACUGAAAGAAAAUUGAUUGAGGGGGGAUCUUCCUGUACCGAACAUGAAUCAUGUUCUAUCAAUGAAGUUACCAUUACAAUGAUUGAUGUUCGAUGAAAGGCGUGGUUGUCAGGAAGAUGCAUUGUUCUCCCACUAUGGGGGAAUCUUUCUAAUUCUUUCCCUUCUUUUUAAAAUAUUCCUGCUUUUUUUUUUUUUUAAUUUUGGAACUCAAACUCGAGAUUUUAUAGAUCUAAAAAUGACUCUAGUUGGUAUGCAUUGUUUUAAACUUUUAAUUUAGUGGAGGCAUUUAUACCAAAUCUAAACAACUUAUAUUUGUACAGUC